GUCAGACCUCAGGGCCGGCACGCCCGAAAUCCACAUGGCCAUGAGCCAUGGCCCACCAAAGCUCUACAAUGGCAGCUUUGGCGCCCAUGGCGCCCAUCUCCCGUGCUCAGAGGCGCUGCCGUUCCUUCAAUGCGACGGUCCCGACUUCGAUCCGCUCUGGAGGGAGCUGCGGGUCAUCAGCGCGGCACAUCGCCAGGCCGAUCUGCGUUGGCAAGGUGAUGCUGCGAAGGUCUUCGACUUGAGCACAUUUUUGCUGAGCGCCUGGUAUCCCAAGUUGCCCAUGGCACCAAAGACCUUUGACCAGGUGUUGAAGCGGCGGCAAGCUCCGGCGACUCUAGCUGGCCUUUGUUUUUACGGCCUCGUGACUGCGAUGUUUCUGCGAUCUCAGUUUCUGGUGGAUCAUUUGCAAAGCUAUGAGGAUGGCCUCUCGAACUUGGACGAUGCGCUGACACUCCUCGGUGGUCGCUGGCAUCUGGACUUCAUCCGUGAAGCCACCUCGUGGCCCUUCGGAGCUUUGGACAUCCGCAUGAAUCGCGACCUGUUGCGACGCUGGCUGAAUGCUACCAGCCCAGCGUCACCAGACCCGCCAGCGUUUCAGAGCUCGCCGUUCAGCGGAACGCGGGAGCCCCGUCCUGCCUUGGUGUCGCCAACGCUGUCCUGGCGCCGCGUGGCUCUCCAGGGCUGGCACCGGUCUCGAAGUUUGGGUGUGGUGGUCUUUGGCGUGCACUCCACACUGGUCCUAGAACCUGCCACCAUGCUAAAGGCGGCCUUGCGCUUCUGGCAGCUGCAGGUGAGGAUCUUCAUGCGCGACUGCCCUCGUGGCAACGAGGCCUGGGCACAUCACUGCCUGCUGCAGUGCCAAGCCCUGGGUGAAUGCGCGCCGUCCUCGGAAGGCAGUAGCCGACUCUUCGUGGAGCUCAUCCACAUGUUUGAAGAGGCUAUCCACCAACGGAGCCGCUACUACCAGGUGGCCGAUUAUUUGGAGGUCUUGGCCCAGAUGCACCGCCUGGAUGCAGAGCUCCGGAGGGCACAGCUCUACGUUUGCACGGCGCCCUUGAUGUGCAGCUUGCUGCGGGCGGUGGAGGAGAAGCCACUGCUGGUGUAUCUGGGGAUGCAGCUCCAUGUGCACGUGGACAGGCAGAUUGAUCAGCUCUGGCUUAUGCAUUUCCAGGCCAUGGUGAGAGAUGCCAACACAAAUGUCUGGGCAGUGCACAACUUCGCGAUGCGGGAACAGAUCCGGUACGCCACGGGUGUGGAGUUGGAAGUGGUGCGGCCCCGUUCGCUGUAUGCCUUGGGCGAUCGAAGUUAUCACAGGCGCACCCUGCAUCGCCCCAAAUGGGAUCGUCAAGUGCUCUUCUUUCGAAGCAGUUACUAUCGUCUCUCCCUCUUCGUGCAAGUACUUGAGGCCCAGCUUGAGAGCUGCGACUUGCCUCUGCAGCUGCGCUUGGUGAAGGACUCGCAGGACUUCGUGACCUUCGGUGAGAUGCGGCACUUUCGUGCAGCUGUGCUUUUCCCUUGGGAUCCCACUCUCAUGGCAUUCUAUGAGCUCUACCGCCUGAACACGGUGUUGCUGCUCCCCAGGAGUGGCUGGAUCUUCAAAGUGCAACACUUCACGGGUUGGAUUUGGUCACAGCCCUUGGGUGCUUUGGAAUUUGCCCACGUGGCACAGCAGAGACACACCACAGGCAAUGCUCCACCCCACCCCUGGUGGCGGCCUGAAGACUCGGACCCCGACGCCGUCCUCUACUGGUACGCUUUCUCUGACUGCCAGAGGUUGCCGCACUUGCAACGCUUCGGUUCCUUUGCCGAGCUCUUUCAGCUGCUGCUGGACACGGCGACCCUGCGCCGGGCGCGACGCGGCAUGCAGCAGCACAACCGACGCGCCCUGCGUUUGGGGCUGCGGUGGUAUCGAGAUGCUGCGCUGUGGCUGCUGGAGAAAAUAAGCCUGUCGAAGUCCACCGUGCUCACGCGUUGCGCAGAUCUGAUGUUCGAGAUGCUGGUGGACUUCAGCAACUUCCUCCGGAGGAACAACGUGACCUUCAUGCUCUCUGAGGGAACGUUGCUGGGUGCGGUGCGCGAUCAGGACAUCAUCCCCUACACUGCUGAUUUGGACAUUUUUGUGCCCAGGGAAGGCUGGGAGAAAGCCAUGCUCAUUAAUGAGGAGCCUCCCGCUUCCAAGUCCUAUCACUUCAUGGUUGAUCCGGAUCAACCCCAUUGUGCACGGCUGUGUGCUGUGUGGCAAGGCUACCCUGCCAAUCGAGCUCCCUUCGACGAACACUUCCCAUGGGACACUGAAAGCGUGGGAAACGACUUGGCGUACUAUAUGGACAUCUACGAUGAAGAUAUGGACUUUGCGCAAGCCAUGAAGCAUUUGGUUUAUCCACCUUCUACGGUGAUGAUCCGAAAUGUGUCCUUCCCGGCCCCUCGGGAGCAGGAGAUCUACGUGGCGGCUCGUUAUGGACCCUCCUGGCGGGUGCCAGAUCAUCAGGCGCGAGAGAUUGCGGAGAAGUAUCCCACCUUGGAGGAAGCCAAGGCGUGGUCGAUGAACAUGUUGAUGUUGCACGCAGCGCAGAAAGAUGCUACGAUUGGGUUCCGGCUGUUGGAGCGUGCCAGCGUUGACUACAAAAGCGGUGACAUUGUGAUUCGCGGCCUCAGCCAGGGGCAUCCGCAGGAAACCGCGAAAAAUCUGGUACUGGAAGAAUUUCAGAUGGAAGAUCGGAAGGUGAAAGGAGGCAAGGUUACCGUGUACCCACCGGAGCGCGACGAAAGCCAGAUCUUGGACUAUGUGCUCUACUGGGCCAAGGAGGAAGUCUCUAGUUGGUCGGACGAAAUCCUCAUUAGACGCAUUGAUUCGGGAUUGGAUUCUCUAGAGGAUGCCCCUGCACCCAAGGAGCGAGAUGAAGGCAACGAGUGGUACAGACCAGAGCCAGAGCCCCGGCCCUUGGGACGCAUCUGGCGGUGCAAGGGCGUGGAAGAUCCCUUCAAAAGCUGCUCCACACGGGGGGUUCCCUUGCAGGUGAGCAUUCCCCACGACAUCCAAGUUCCCAACGACGCCACGCACUUGGCGGUUGCAGCUGAGAACGAGGUUGGAGAGAGCCAGAAGCUCACCGCAGUGAACCUGAACGGCGAUCAGGAGGGAGAUGGCUUCUCCACCCGAGUCUUUUUUAGCAUUCUGAAAGGUUUUGAAGCCCAGAACUGUGCAACUGGAGGGCAUCAACUGGAGAAGGAGGGCUGGGAACAGAUCGUUGCUUUGAUGGUGCUCCGGACGAACUCUGGAAUGAAGGAAGCGUUGACAAAGCUGGCGGAAUGGCUGGCGCCUGUGUCGGAGAUCUUGGAGGACUGCCAAGCUGAGACUGUGAAACAGAGGUUCUCGGCGGCGCUUUCACGGCUGAAGACUGGGGAGAUGCACUACAAACCCGGUCAGGCCCUGGCGGUGGAUGGGAUCUCCAUCUUUUCCCACUUGAACUCGGCCAUCCAGACCUACAGGAACACCCGGCAAUCCUUCAACUUUGGGACGGAACUGGGUACCUUGCUGUCGCGCCUGGCUCCAGAGGUGUCCACUUCCGAGGAACCAGAGUCUUCCAGUUCCCGGUCGGGGCUAAAGCUGCGUGGCACUGGCAGUGACAUGACUGACAUGACUGGCGCGACGGCCGAAUAG